UCUAUGAUUUUAUCAGACACACUGACUUAUUAUGUCAUUUUGUAUUUGAGGUUUAGCACAGGACCCCCAGACAUGGUCCUGGCUUUCCCUACGUAACUUGCGCCACUGCGGGUUAAACAUAUUUUAUUCUCUAGUCCAAGCAAACAUGGGAAGACUGUAGAAAACAAACGUGUCAGUGAAAGCGGAUGAAAGCAAGCCUGCGAAGCAAGUGAAUUCCAUUGAAAGACAGCUACGUGCUGAAGAUUGUAAGUACUACAUAAAGUUACAUAUGUUUAUGCUAACUUAUUACACCACACGGUGGCUCGAACUUUACUUCAUGUUGUGCUGUACUAUAAUUGGAUUGACGGUUCACUACGUCUGAUGGAAUGUGUUUUGUGCGUGGCUUUCUGGAGAGUUUGUCCCAAGUGGCUUGGCAACCCUGGGUAUGACGUAUAAAGUUCGGGGAGUUUGUUAUCAGUGUCGUGGUCUUCAAUAGCGUAUUGUGCUGAAGUUUCUUGGAUUUUGUCAACUUGCAAGCAGUAUUCAUUUCAAAUGUAAUGAAUUCUGCCAGUAAAAGUAUGGAACAUCAGGAUAGUAAUGAAGCG